UUUCAUUCGACGGCUCAACACGCGGCUGAUUGGUUGCCUCUGACGGGCGAAUCCAGAUCGAGGCUGACUCCCAAACGCGCAUGGUAUGCUAAUGACCAUUAUUCUACUAAUGUAGUAGUACUCUGUUGAGUUGACAUUGCUAAGGAGGGCCUCUGUGUUGCACUAAAAAAACUACUGUCCCGUGAGAGAAUUUCUCAGACCAAGUGCCCAAAAUGAGUUCAACCUUUGUUGGCCUUUUGAGUAAUAUCAUAGCAUCUGCCGACCUCAAGGUGCUCCACGAACGUCUAAUAACUCUAUUCGAUGAAAGUUAUCGAUACACAACGGAUGAGAGCACUACAGUGUGCUGUGAAAUAAUCGAGGAAAACCUUCGGAUUCAAGCCAAGCUCUUCCGCUUGCUUCAGCUGUGCUGUGACGAAGGGGGGACGUAUGGUGGAUUUCAACCCCUGAAGAACAAACUUAUGCCUUUGUUGUGUAACGGGUUGGUCAUGUCCCACAUUGGGGGAUCGGAGGAUGUUAAACUCGUGAGGGAUAAAUACGAGCACAUGGUGUCACGACUUGAAGAUGAUCUGAAAUCAGCCCAAAGGGAAGUCGGCGAGUUGCGUCUAAAGCUUUCAGAAAACGAGGAAGAUGUAAAAUGCAUUCGACGUCAACUUAAGGAUUCCUACGUCGCCGAUAGACAAGUUACUGAGCUCCAAAAGCGACUUUCUGAUGCCAAUUUAGAACUCGAAGCAAGCGAGUUGGAAAUAAGGAAAGUUAGAGAAGAAACUGGUCAGCUAAAGAAAGAGAAUUCGGACUUGCACGCACGCCUGCAAAAACAGAUGCUUGUGGAGAACGAAUCGGAGCCAGUGCGCAUGAUCACAAAGCCUUACGCAAAUGGUAUCUUACCAUUACAUGCGCGCGCACCUCGGCUCGUGGAGCGCUUUGCAGAACUGUACGGCGGAGAGAGACUGGAACUGAUGGACGCGCUACGCCCCAUGGGAGAUCGAGCGGAAAACGAGCGCCUUUCCUUUUGUAUCGUUGAGGAAUGCUUCAUGGUCUGUAAGGCAGAACAACGGCGCAUGCGCAAGAAAGUCCGUCAUGCAUUGCAACCCCCCAAUGGGAGUCUGAUUGACGCCUCGCAGACUGCUGAGAUCGUUGACAGCUACAUGAGCCGCAAUACCGAGAACUUCGACGUGGAAACGCUCAUUCCUGAGAUUCUCAAAUGUCUUCACCGCAACGCAUCCGUCAACCAGAGCAUCCCUUACAAAGAGAAGUUAAUCCUACCCUUCAUCCGCGCAUGCGUGAGGGUCGUAUGGUCUAUGGUGGCCCUUCAGCCCCCUAUCGAUAUUGCCAUAGCACUGGAUGGUGACAUCAUCAACGAGGCACGGUACAGGAGAUCCUAUAACUCGGAGUUCAGCGCGACCGUAGUGGAGCACUUUGUGUGGCCGGCGCUAAUGCGAGACGGGAAAGUGGUGGCGAAAGGAGAGGUGGUCACCAAGAGAAUUCCUGCCAAUAAACUCAAGAAGGACCACUCUGACGAUUCUAGACCUCAAAGUGCAGAGCCUUUCUCCCGCUCCAUUGAUCUCGGCAUUGCAUCCAUGUCUUCCUCGUGGAGUGGUUCUACAAGGCGACGAUACUCUCCCUAGUCCCUGAGCUCUAUUAAGGCAGUAGUUAAUGCAGACAAAACGUUAUGGAUAAUCAGCUAUUACAUAACAAUCUAUGCUCAUCUUCCUUAGACUGCUGUUGUUAACAUCAACUUGAAUAGCCAUUCAAGACCUUCUACUUAACAUAGAAAGGGUUGCCCAGUCAUGGUGUGUGUUAUAAAAGAACCAGGGAGCUGGGGACUUUUCUUCUCCACUUCCUUUUCUUCUACCAACUCAAUUAAAAUAACCGAAAGCCUGUGCAAACAUGCCAACAUUGGCUAGCAUUGCUAGUGUAGUGUCCCUGGACUGGCCACAAGACAAAGGAAAAAGCCAGCAUGUCCUUUGUCUUGAAGUCAGUCGAGCCAAAAAUGCUGAUCAAUGUGGCUCGAGGGUUUAGGUGCUGAAGGAAGAGAUUGUAGUGAAGUCAUAGGCAAGUGUUUUGUGCUUUAAUUAAUCUAUCUAAAGAGUUCAACUUAAAACUCACUGUACACAAUUUUGUAACCAAUUAUCAGUUAGGAGUAUAGUAUAUAUACAUUUUAGCAUAUUGAGUCUACUUGUACAGAUUUACUUUUUGCGAGUAAAUUUUAAAGCCAAGACUGUGUUUAGUGUAUGUGGAUGAAAUUUCUCAAAAGAAGAGAUGAACACCUAUUUACCCAUUAGGGUUUUUCUAUGCUCAUGCAAAAGAAAUUUGGGCAAGCUGUUUUUAGAGGAAUCACAACUUGAAUCACCACUGGUACCACUGGUAUUUUGUUGGUGUAUUGAACACCCCUUUUUAGAGGGGGCAUCAACUAAGCUGAGUUCAUAGUUUAAAAACUGGUGCAAAUUCAAAAUCAACAUCACAUUGUGGGAAAGUGAUUGGUCGAUGUGGUAUGAUUGACUGUGAGUGAUUCCACAACAAGGGUGAGAUGGAUUUUGAACUCUAUAAAUAAGGUUGUUAGAUAUUACAUAUUUAGUACAAUAGAUUAUAUUGUACAAUAGAAUAUAUUGUGCUAUAUUGAUUAUUAAAAAUAUCAUCUGAUUUUGUUAUUGAAAUUUGUAAACUGAUUUAAAAUAAUUACAAAAUCGUAUAUUAAAACUAAACAA